AUGCUCAUUGACAUCUUGGUGUUCACAGGCAAUGACCUUGGAAAUGAUGACAUCAUCGCAGGGAAUGUGAGCAAAUUCAUUGCCACCCCCCUCGGCUAUUUUGGGCCUCCCAAGAAGGGCCAUCUGAUCUUCGAUGCCUGCUUUGAGAGCGGUAAUCUCGGCCGGGUGGAUCACGUGUCCGAGUUCGAGUACGACCUGUUCAUACGGCCCGACACCUGCAAUCCACGCUUUCGAGUCUGGUUCAACUUCACGGUUGAAAACGUGAAAGAAUCCCAGAGGGUGAUUUUCAACAUUGUUAACUUCAGUAAGACCAAGAGCCUCUACAGAGAUGGGAUGACCCCGAUGGUCAAAUCCACCAGCCGCCCCAAAUGGCAACGACUGCCGCCGAAAAACGUGUACUAUUACCGCUGCCCAGACCAUCGCAAGAACUAUGUGAUGUCCUUCGCGUUCUGCUUCGACCGCGAAGACGACAUCUACCAGUUUGCCUACUGCUACCCCUACACGUACACGCGCUUCCAGCACUACCUGGACAGCCUGCAGAAACGGAGCCUGGACUUCUUCUUCCGGGAGCAGCUGGGCGUGAGCGUGCAACAGCGGAAGCUCGACCUCCUGACCAUCACCAACCCCGACAACCUCAAGGAAGGUGCUGAGCAGAAGGUGGUUUUCAUUACAGGCCGAAUUCACCCUGGGGAGACUCCUUCCUCCUUUGUGUGCCAGGGAAUCAUUGACUUCCUUGUGAGCCACCACCCCAUCGCCCGAGUCCUGCGGGACCACCUGGUCUUCAAGAUCGCACCAAUGCUGAACCCUGAUGGAGUCUACUUGGGAAAUUACAGGUGCUCGCUGAUGGGGUUUGAUCUGAAUCGUCACUGGCUGGACCCUUCCCCAUGGGCCCACCCAACUUUGUAUGGGGUGAAACAGCUCAUUAUCCAGAUGUACAAUGACCCGAAAACCAGCCUGGAGUUCUACAUUGAUAUCCAUGCACACUCCACCAUGAUGAAUGGCUUCAUGUAUGGCAACAUCUUUGAAGAUGAGGAGAGGUUCCAGAGACAAGCCAUCUUCCCCAAGCUCCUGUGCCAGAAUGCUGAAGACUUCUCCUUUUCCAGCACGUCCUUCAACCGGGAUGCAGUGAAAGCAGGAACUGGUCGGCGCUUCCUGGGAGGCCUCCUGGACCACACAUCCUACUGCUACACCCUUGAGGUGUCUUUCUUCAGCUACAUCAUUGGGGGUACUGCGGCGACUGUGCCCUACACCGAGGAGGCUUAUAUGAAGCUGGGGCGGAACGUGGCUCGGACCUUCAUGGACUACUAUCGCUUGAACCCCUUCGGGGAGAAAGUGCCCUUUCCUGUUCCCAGGCUCAGGAAGGAAAGAUCACCUCCGUUCAAGUGCCCACAUGGUCGGGCCCCACCAGGGGCCCACAUCAAAGGAGAAAAGAAGAGCUCUUUGAACCACAAAGACCAGUCACAGUCUUCAUAA